UGACUCGCAACUCUACACGCUUUCCUAACCUAGGUAGAGAGCUCCCGAGAUAAUUGUUUAUUUGUUUCAACAUUUUUAAUAGAUUUAGCUGAUAAAAUGCCGGAAAGUACUAAAACAGAGGUUUCCAAGGCUGUACCUGAAAAGAAAAAUGAUAAGGAAGAGGACAAAUCCGAUAUGUCCGAAGAAGACAAACUUUUGCAAGAAGAAUUGAAUCAGUAUGUAGAACAAUUGCAAGACUCGAAUACCAAACUGUAUUUAAACGCUUUGGAUUCGCUUCGAACGCUCAUUCGUACUUCUACGACAUCGAUGACGAGUGUACCAAAGCCAUUGAAAUUCAUGCGUCCGCAUUAUGAUAUUAUGAAAACUGUGUAUGAAAAUCUGGUGGAUCAAAAAUGCAGGGAGCUGUGUUCCGACAUUAUUUCUGUCCUAGCAAUGACAAUGGGUGAAGGCAAAGAAUGCCUUAAAUACAGAAUAACAGGUUCAGCACUUAACAUUGGUGAAUGGGGGCACGAGUACGUGAGACAUGUUUCAGGAGAGCUUGCUGGUAAAUGGGAAGAGCUUGCAAUGGACGGUUCAGAAGAUAUGCAGCAGAAAUUGAUUGGACUCGUUCACGAGAUUGUUCCUUACAACAUGGCUCACAAUGCAGAGACAGAAGGUUGCGACUUACUGAUGGAAAUUGAUCGACUGGACUUUUUGGAGCAGUAUGUUGAUGAGAGUGCUUAUCAGAGAGUGUGCUUGUAUUUGACAAAUUGUGUUCCAUACGUUGCUGAUCCAGAAAACAGCACUCUUCUACAUGCAGCGCUUAAACUUUACAAAAAGUUCAAUCAGUAUCCACAGGCUCUUAGGCUUGCUAUGCAGCUUAACGACUUGCCUCUGAUAGAAAAUAUUUUUACAAAUUGCCCAGAUCUAUCGGUCCAAAAACAGUUAGCAUUUAUGCUCGGCCGUCAACAAAUUUUUUUAGAGCUGCCGAUAUCGAUAGAUUGGUACGACGACCUUGUGGAAAUAAUGACCAAUUCUCAUUUGAACAAUUACUUCUUGAACUUGGCUCGUGAGCUGGACAUAAUGGAAGCAAAGACACCCGAAGACGUUUACAAGUCUCAUCUGGAAAAUUCGAGACCACCGUUCGGUGGCGGACAGGUCGACUCGGCCAGGCAAAACCUGGCAGCAAGUUUCGUUAACGGCUUCGUGAAUGCCGCCUUCGGUCACGAUAAACUACUCAUUGAAGACGGCAAUAAGUGGCUGUACAAGAACAAGGAGCACGGCAUGCUCAGUGCCACGGCUUCCCUCGGGCUCAUACUCUUGUGGGACGUUGACGGUGGCCUGACCCCGAUUGACAAGUAUCUCUACUCAUCUGAAGAUUACAUAAAGUCGGGAGCUUUGCUCGCGUGCGGAAUCGUCAAUUGCGGAGUAAGAAACGAGUGCGAGCCAGCUCUCGCUCUGUUGUCCGACUACGUGCUGCAUAACAGCAACACCAUGAGGAUCGGUGCUAUCGUUGGUCUUGGCUUGUCUUACGCCGGAUCGAACAGAGAGACCGUACUGAGCUUGCUUAUACCGGUGCUCAGCGAUCCCAAAUCCAACUGGGAAGUCAUUGGCGUGACUGGCCUCGCUCUGGGUAUGGUUGCCGUUGGCUCGUGCAACGCUACCGUUACUACGGCCAUCAUGCAUACGCUGAUGGAAAAGACCGAGAGCGAACUCAAGGACACGUACGCUCGCUUCCUUCCCCUGGGAUUGGGUCUGUGCGUGCUGGGCAAACAAGAGGCGGCUGAGGCUAUAAUCGCCGCGCUCGAGGUAAUCCCCGAACCGUUCAAAUCCAUGUCAAUGACCUUAGUGGAAGUGUGUGCCUAUGCGGGCACUGGUAACGUACUCAAAAUUCAACACUUGCUACACAUCUGCUCCGAACACUACGAGCCCUCGAACGAGAAGGAAGAGUCUAGCAAAUCUUCGGGCGCCAAUAAAGACAAAGAUAAGGCCAAGGAGGAGAAGAAAGAGGAGAAGGAAAAGGAUCUGAGCUCGAGGCAGGCGAUCGCCGUGCUCGGCAUCGCGCUCAUCGCCAUGGGUGAAGAAAUUGGGGCCGAGAUGGCUUACCGCACUUUCGGCCAUCUGCUGCGCUACUGCGAGCCCGUGAUUAGACGCUCGGUUCCUCUGGCCCUUGGCCUUAUCUCUGUCUCUAAUCCCAAGCUCAACAUACUUGACACUUUGUCCAAGUUCUCGCACGAUAGCGACCUCGAAGUGGCGCACAACGCCAUCUUCGCUAUGGGUCUGGUGGGCGCAGGCACCAACAAUUCCAAGCUCGCCCUUAUGUUACGCCAGCUUGCCCAGUACCAUGCCAAAGACCCAAAUAACCUUUUCAUGGUGAGAAUUGCUCAAGGUCUUAUCCACUUGGGUAAGGGUACCAUGACCCUCUCGCCUUACCACAGCGACCGACAACUGCUCAGUCCGGUCGCCCUGGCUGGUCUCCUUGCCACGCUCAUUGGAUUUUUAGACGUCAAAAACAUUAUUCUGGGACGUUCGCACUACCUGCUGUACACCCUGGCUGCAGCGAUGCAGCCGCGUAUGCUGGUCACAUUCGACGAGGAACUACAACCGCUGGCGGUUCCUGUGCGCGUGGGAAUGGCCGUGGAUGUGGUUGGCCAAGCAGGUAACCCUAAGACCAUUACCGGCUUCCAGACGCACACAACGCCCGUAUUGCUGGCGUACGGUGAGCGGGCUGAACUCGCCACCGAGGAUUACGUGCCCCUCACGCCCAUCAUGGAGGGUUUUGUGAUUUUAAGGAAAAAUAAGGACUCGACAUAAGGCUGCUUUUUUUCUGUGUUUUUUCCGUUUUAUCCAUAAAGCCUGUACAAUUAAGAUUUAUAUAAUUAAAAU